AUGAAUUCUUCUCAAAAUGAUACUUCCUCUAUUAAUGUCAAUGAUCCAAUUCUCUCUGAGAAAUAUGUUAAAGUAAUGAUAGUCGUUUAUCAAUGGGUAAUAUUGGGUGUUGUCAAAACAGGUCCCAUCUGUAGUAUACAAGGUUUUUUGAUCAAUUUUGGUGACGUUACUUCAGGCUUUUGGACACUUAUAUUAUGUUUAUAUAUACUUAUGCUCACUUUUCGUUAUAUGUGGACAAAUUUUGUAAUCUUAAGUAUGGUUAUAAUAUGGCCUUUUAAUUUAACGAUUUCCCUUUGGGGUUUAAUUAUCCAAACUCCUCAUUCUCCUUUCUAUGAUACCAACAAUGGUUCUUGGUGUUGGAUUUCUCCUAAUUACAACAAUUAUAGAAAUGGUUUUAAUUACUACAUUACUUUGACUAUUAAUAUUGCGGUGAUCAUUCUGACUGCAAUUUUGUGUUUUAGACUACGAUCUAUAAAUUAUCGAUUUAUUAGUAUGAGUUUAAUGUGGUAUCCAUUAGUCUAUGUCGUUCUUAUAUUUCCAUUGACUAUUUAUCGAUUUGCUACUAUAGUUGGUUAUGAAUUGCCUUUUGAAUAUAUAAUAUUAUCAACUUGUAUGUUCAUAUGCAUUGGUUCGUUCAACACGAUAAUUUAUGGAUUUAAGCACCAUAGUGAUGUACCAAUAAUAUCAGCACCACGCAGUCUUCAACGUUCUCCUACCCCAAUAUACGGAAUACAACGACCAUUAACUCCUUAUAGUCCUACAAAUUCGAAUAGAAUGCUACUUAGUUCUCCCUCUCCCACCAGAACUACAUUUUCCACACAAUUAUCACCUCCAUUAUCUCCUGCUACACCUACUUUUCCCAAACCAUUAUCUUCAACUAUAUCAUCAUUUAUUAAUCCACCCCCCGUCAGAAUUUCAUUCAUUCAAAAUGACCACGAUCACCAAAUUUCAUCAUUAGAACGUAAACUUAAUAAACCACGUCCCUCCACAUUUGGUAGUUUCGCUGAGAUUAAAUCACAUUCACCUUCUACUCAAACGGAAAUUGAAAUUUUAGAAGAUAGAGAUGAAUGA